AUGGAUUGCCUAUACAAAUUUAUUACUCGUUAAAUGGAGGUUUUUGAGAAAAACAAAAGAGCCCCAUCUAUUUACACUAUUUUUUCCUCCAUCUUUUACGUAUCAGUUGGUAUGGCAAUUAAGAAACUUAGAGACAUCCCUCCUUGUGAAAUUCUAUUCUUUAGAUCUAUUAUUUGCUUCUUUGCUAAUCUAGCUCUACUAAAGGUAUCCAACACUCCUACUUAUGCUACCACUAAUAAGCUCCACUUUAUGAUUAUGUUCAGAAUUCUUUUUGGUACUCUUGCUCACUUUUGCUACUAUCAAGCCAUUAGUAUGAUGAACUUAAGUGAUGCUAUGGCUAUCUUUUUAACCACUCCUAUAGUAACAACAUUAUUAGCAAGUGUAAUUCUCAAGGAAUCCUUAUAAAAAUAAAUCAUCAUUUCUAUAUUAGUCAGCUUUGCAGGUAUCCUUCUUAUAGUAAAGCCACCAUUUUUGAUGGAAGCAAUUGGAUUGAGUGAAUCAGCAGCUGAAUUAAGCGUUGCAGGUUUAAUCAUUUGUGCAGUGUUUGCUUUAUUUGAAAGUUUGACUAAUCUUGUUAUCAAAUCAAUUGGAAAGUAAAUCAGUGUUUUAGCAGUUAUACAAUAUGUUUACAUUGCAGGUAUCCUCUUUAACAGCACUUUAAUGGUUAUCAGAGAUGAAUUCAACCCAAAUGUCUACACAAUUGAGAAGUUUGGAUGGAUUUUUGCUCUUUCAAUUUUAAAUUUCUUAGCUCAGCUUAUUUACAAUAGAGCACUUUAAUUAGGUAAGACUUCAGAAGUUGUUCCUAUCACUUAUAGCUAAGUAGUUAUGAGUUUUUUGGUAGAUAUAGUAGUAUUCUCAAAAGAAAUUAGUCUUUUGAGUGUUGUAGGAGCUGUUAUGAUUAUAGGAGGAAAUUAUUCUAUCAUCAUGCAAAAAAAAUGA